GGUUGAGAUUUCAAACGUGUACGGGUACGUGUACGUGUAAUAGGGGAAUCACCUAAAUUCUUCGCGUAUUACGUCAUCGGUUUUUGUGACGACAUGGUUUCUACGCGUUCUCUAAACUUGUAGAGUGCUGACUACACGUAAGUACAAUCUUGUAGCUUUUACAAUAAAAAUAAUCUAACUGAUGAGUGAAUAUGCUCUUGUGGUGCAUUAAAUAGAUUUUUAAACUUCAUUUGCAUGUACAUUGAGUAGAAAUUCACCAUUUUUUACAAGUUAUUUAAGUAAAUUCAUGUCACAAAACUGCGUCGAGAGGCCUUAAAAAUCAUCCAUCGCCUUUCAUAUCAUCAUACAUUUGUAUGAUCCUUAAAUACAGAAAUAGUCAAUUAAUGUUUUAUUUAUGAAUUAUUUGAUUAAUUGUGUAUCUGUAAUGUUGAUGGAAUUCGUAUCUGCGAUUUUUGAAAGUGUGACAUGUAGUUGGAAAGGGGGAUGGGGGGGGGGGGGGGGGACAGGGGGUCAUACCAUAUCAAUUGACACAAAAAAAUAUUAAUCAAAUAAAAUGUGAUAUCAUUUUAAAGACUAACUAAUUGUUUUGAAUAUUAGAAAUAUUUUUUGCAGAAUAUGGAUUCUGGAAGAAAAAAAAAUGUAGGUUUUCUGAACAGGACGACAUAAAAAUGUUACGAGAGGUCAUUAGAAGAAACCCAUUUAAGGACAGAGGGAAAUGGCUAGAAAUAUCGUUGGCUUUACCUAUGAGUGUUGAUGCGAGAAGAGUGAGGGAGAGGACCGUUCUUCUAAUGGAACAAAGAAGAAAGGCGAAUAGUUCAUCGCUCAAAAAGUCGGGUGUAGAUGAAGUUUAUGGGGAAAAGGAAAUUCUCCUUGACGAAAUCUUAGACCUGGCAAAUGAUGAAGAGGAGAAAAAGAAAGAUGACAAAUCAAAAGCUAUUAAAGAAGAGGUUCUGUGCAAAGAUAUCAGAAAACGUGCUCUUGACAAUUUGACACCCUCAAAAAGUGACGAAAACCUGAAGAAAAUGCCAAAGAAAUCAGCAUCAGUUAUGUCAUUUUUGAAAGAAAAGGCGGAACUUGAAAAAAAGUCAAAGGAAGAUGAGAUUACGCUUCGUCGCGAACAGUUCAAUUUAGAAAAAGAGCGGUUUGAGAUUGAAAAAAAGGAAAGGCUCCAAAAGCUUGAAAUGGAAAUACAGCAGUCGAAAUUAAUGUUUGAGCUGUUUUCCAAAUGUCUGAAUAAAUAAAUUACAUGCGAGUUAAUUACUGUACUUUCAAAGCUAUACACACGGCCAAAUUACAUAAUUUUUGAAAUGUGAGAUAGAAUGAAAAUGAAACUACUAAUACAAUAAUUACAUUGAAAAACGUGUUUGUAUUGAUUGUCGUAUUAAGGAGAAACCUUGUGUUUAAUUACAAUGGAUAUUUUGUGUUGCUUAAUUUUGCUUUCUAAAGUUUACAUAAUCGAAAACUAUGUGCAUUGUAAGCAUAUAGCAUAUUCAUUUUUAGCACUCUGUAAUUUUCCCCCAUAUUUUAUUAGUCAAUUAAAAAGAAAGCUGCAAACAUCUCGACGUUGGGCCAAUCGUUUGCGAUUUUCCCGAUGCCCCUUGACAGAAUGAAGGGCGGUUUUUUUUAAAAAUUCGUAUUUAUUGGUGGAGUCCAA